GGAGGCCCCGAGGGCUGAGCGCCGAGCCGGGCCAGAGGGAGGAGAGGAGAGGCGCCCUUCCCGCCGAGGAAGCUGCUUUUUUUGUGGGCUGGCCGCUGGGGUCUGGGGGAACCCUUCUUCCCGCCCUCCUUUUGCUGCCCCCCCCCCCAAGACCUGGGCGUGACGUGUGCGGGCCCUCCGCCGCUCCCCCGCCCCUUCCCCAGACGGCGAGGCGAGAGGGGAGGAGUGAGGUGCUGAGGCGGAGGAGGAGGAGAGCGGGGCUGCGCGAGCGGAGAAGUGGCGGCGUCGGCGGCGGGGAGGACGACGACUGGAGGGAGCUGCCCUCGCCUCCUGCCCUUCCCGCUCCUCUCCUUCCGUCAGCGCUGGUCGGCUGGCCCUCGGAAGCGCUCUCCGUCCCGUCUCUCUUGGCCCGAGAAGCCCCCGCCGCCCGCCCAUGGCUUCAGCCACCAGCGGCAUGGAGGAAGUGCGCGCCUCGGUGCUGACCCCGCUCAAGCUGGUGGGGCUGGUCUGCAUCUUCCUGGCCUUGUGCCUGGACCUGGGCGCCGUGCUCAGCCCGGCCUGGGUCACGGCCGACCACCAGUCCUACCUCUCCCUCUGGGAGUCCUGCACCAAACUCGGCCAGUCCGACACCUGGCGCUGCAAGACUACCCUCAACAGCGAUUGGCAGAUUGCUACACUUUCUAUGCUGUUGGGAGGUGCUGCUAUAAUUCUUAUAGCCUUCUUGGUUGGAUUAAUUUCUAUCUGUGUGGGAUCACGAAGGCGGUUCUACAGACCAGUUGCUGUCAUGCUGUUUGCAGCAGUGGUUCUUCAAGUGUGCAGCCUCGUCCUUUACCCAAUCAAGUUCAUCGAAACUGUCAACUUGAGAAUAUACCAUGAGUUCAACUGGGGCUAUGGCCUAGCCUGGGGUGCAACUAUAUUUUCAUUUGGGGGUGCCAUACUUUACUGCCUGAACCCCAAGAACUAUGAAGACUACUAUUGAAGGAAGCUACUUUUUUAAAACAAAAAAAAAACAAACAAAAGGAAAUGAAUAACACAAAGAUUGUUAUGUCUUUUCUAACUUGGUGUUUUUAGAACUUUUGUAGAGUGUCAGUCUGCUAUAUUGAUUUACGAACUUUUACCUUUUGGCUACAACUACUGCAAGUAGCUUUUUAACAUCCUGUUAAAUGAAUAACAAAAAUCAGUCCAUAGGCAACUUUGUAAGCUGCUGAUACACUAUCUUUGGUAAGGGAAGAUCAGCACCAUUGAUGGAUCCAGAUGGCCUCAGCCUUCAUGAGAAAAUUAAAUGGAAUGAAAAGUGGGCUACCUGCAUUGGCUGUAGCCUUCAGAGGAGUUGCUGGGACAAGAGUCAUGUAGAAACUUGUUUAUAUUACAUAUGAUCCAAAUGUUCUAGAGAGUCAUCAGUCUCUGCUUCCAUGUUGUAUUGGCUCCCAGGGAUUCUUGUUGAAAUAAACCUCUAAGCAGCCCAGAUGCAGAGAAGAGUGAAGAUAAAUAUUUAAUAUGUACACUCAGCAAUUUCCUGGCAAGAGAAGUUGGCAGUCCACAUUUUCCAGCCAUUGGUGGUAUAACAGGAAGUCAAAACAUGGAACAUAUUCUUCUAAUUAUGUGGUUGGACAUUAUGUCUCAGAUGUAACCAAGUAUUGAAAAUAACAUGAAGAAUCACACUGAAUCUGUUAACUCCUUCAAGAGAAUAAAAAGAGUGAGAGACAUGCAUGUGCUGCAUUUCCUAGAGCAUAUUUUGAUUUCAAAACACUGCGGCAAUUUUUUCAUAAGCAACAUUCCCACUAUUUUUAUAGAAGAUGUUUAUUGGUUAUUACUAUAAAGAUAAAAGUAUAGAGAAAACAUACGAUAUUCUGAACAAAUCCUAUAUUAGUUAUAGUAAGUAAGAAUCUAAAUUUUCACAAGUCUUCUCUGUGUACUGAGUUGGCUUGAAAUAUUUUGGAGAAUCCCUUCCUAUAAUAUAUUGCAUCUCAUAUUGCUUAAUCUAAACCCUGGUGUGCCAUCUGCUAAAACUGUAGAUAAGAGUGAAUUGUGGCUUUAUUCCUGCAAAGCUAGAAAACAUGGCAUCGAUUGCCUUUGGAUAUUAUGCCAAAUUAUGGUGGGAAGAGGCAUAGUUAGCCUCAUGCUUUCAGUGUCUCACCCACUCCCUUUUUGUCUGGAACAACUGUAAGGUACAAAUGAGAAAGUUUCAGUUCUAGGUUCUUUCUUUCUUUCUUUCUUUCUUUCUUUCUUUCUUUCUUUCUUUCUUUCUUUCACCAAACCCGAAAAGCUUUAGUUAAACAUUGUUGGAAAUAAGCCAACAGUAAAUUGUGGAGCUAGUUGAUUUCAAGAAAUUAUAGUCAAAUUUAACCACAGUUUGGAUCCUAGAUGUAAUAUCAAAAAUUGAAGCAAAGGUUCAUUGUAGUUAGAAUGCAGAAGGCAUACAAAGUGAAAGUUCACAGAGGCAGGAGAAAACCCACAGUUUAUCAUGAUGCCAAACACAGCCAAUGUUUCAUUUUGAAAUAAGCAUCGCACUAGUGAUGCAGAUGAAUAUAAAAAACAAUGUAAGUACUUCUUUGUAUUAUUUUUUUAAUGGAUGCAUUCAUAAAUAUUAAUAUGUUAAGAUGACUUAAAAGAAGACAGCUCUAAUUUCUAGAAAAUACAUUGUUUUUGAGGUUGGGAGUUGUGUCCAUUUGAAAAAUUCCUGUUUAGAUUUGAUUUUUUUUUUAAAAAAAAAAAUCCUUUCUAUGAGGUGACUAGCAGGGAACUAAUUAGGAAAAUUAGACAUUUUUAUCAGGGUAGUAUAAAAUGAUAAUAUUUUAUCCUUUUAGCAGAAUGGAUUAGCUAACACUUUUUGCGUUUUUUAUUUAUUACUUCUUGAAAUUGUGCAAAAACUAUGUGAAGUCUUUAAGACUAUAUUUUAAAUGGCUAUAUAAACUUUAAGAUUUAUUUCUGUUUAUAUCAUUUUUGUUGGAUGUUUUCAAUUUAUUCUGAAAAAGAAUUGUAUAGUGUAUACUGUUCUAAUAUACAAAUUUAGAAACAGUUAUUUUUGCUACAUGGAAAUUAAAAUUGUAUCCUCCAAGAGCAUAAUAUUCAUAAUGAUAAAACUACUGCUCAGAAUUGAUACUCUACAUUUAUAUUUCUUAAAACCGAGACCUCAAAAGUAUAUUUAAUUAACACAGAUCACACAGACAUAGAGAGGCAGAGUAUUCUGCAGAAUAUCACACAAUAUAGAAAGUUAUACGUAUUAUACAUUACCAGAAAUCAAGGUAUUUUUUUUAAACCUAGAAUCUGGUUUCUGAUCUUUUACAAAAGACAUUUUCUAGAUACAAAUACUUUCAAUACAUCCAAACUUGGGUGCUGUAUGUGAAUUCUGGGUAGUAGUAACUACUUAAACAUUCAGUGUAACUGGAAAUUAUGUAUAAGAUCUCAACAGAUUUUUCAUGCUAUCCCCACUUCUUUUUUUCUCCCCAACCUAAAUAUACCAUCCAUGGUGAUAGAUGCUGGUAGCCUCUGCCAAGGCAAAACAAAUUUAAUUCAGUUCAAUGCCAUUUCAUUUCUUUAAAUAGGUAAGAAACACACGGCAUUGCCAAAAGUGAAGAGGGCCACAUGUUGAUCACCUCUACUCUUUUGAGAUACAGAACAUAUGCCAUCUACUCACCUAUAGAAAAGCAUGAUAACCAUAUCUAAGUAACUAGAGCAGAUGUGGUCCAUCCGAUGCAAUUUUUUGAAUCAGCACCUCAAAUAAGCCCAGGAACAGGCCUAAAAACUAAGACACCAAUCAUAAUAAUGACAAUAAUAAUAAUAGUUUGGGUUAUGUUAUUAUAAAGAUAUGGCAUGGGGUUCUGGCAUUGCAGGAAUGUUAAGCCCUUUAUCCGAUAUGCAUGGAUGUCAUUGCAAAGUUUGAAAUUUGAACCAGUGUUAAAAGCAGUCAUGACAAUGUUAACAAUUAUGACACACACUCCAGUCUAAAGUAGGAGUUAUUGCCUUCUUAUUGUGUACACUUAUAUGCAUUUAAAGGAAUAGUGAGAAUGCCUCGGUAUGAAGAAAGGCCCAGGUUCCACCUUGAACAGUACCAGUUAAUAGUGGUCGGGAAAAACUGAGGAAGCUUCUUCCAGAGCAGAUAAUACUGGACUAGAUAAACCAAUAGCACUUCUCAAAUGCCAUGCCACUGAUCUCUUGUUUAGUGACAAGGAAACAAGCAACUGGGUAAACAAAGCCAACUCUGUGGCAUAAUUUAGAGCCAUUAAUCCACAUGCUCUUUCUAGAUGUGUGACAGAGAUUGCUUUUAGUGAAUUUCCCCUUCAUUGACAGGUUUUCUGCCUUAGUUUUUCAGUAUUACAGAUUCUUUUGGAAGAAAAUAGAAGUGAUAGUUGCUGAAUUCGUAUCAUUAAUUAUACCAGAGAGGAAGAGUGGUUAUAAGAUGAAGCUGAUAUACACUCAGUUUGCAAUUUAGGGACAAGUUUCUUGGGCCAAAAUUCCCAAGAUUAAUCAUUGAUUCUUUUAGUGACCCCCAGUAAAGCCAGUGACACACAACUCCCCAGCCUCAAAAUGAUGGCCUUUUAGUAAGGUCCUAAUCAGUCAAGCUGGAUUCAGUGGAAUUUCCUGAAGUCAGUAUAUUUUAGACCUUUGUAUUUUCAUAUUUCACACCAUGAAGCCAAAGCAGAAAUAGAUUAUUGUUUUCACCAUAUGAGGGACUCAAAUAGGCCCAACUGCCUAUUUCCAAAUAUAAACUAGAUAAGAUUUUGAGUGAUUACUCCAGUUCUGACAGCUAGAAACAGUCCUGUUAGCAGCAUCGUAUUUUUAUUUUUCUACAAGAUUGCUGGUAUACACGUAGUGGAUAAAGUUUGCAGAGAAGGUACCAUUAUGUGGGAUUCAUAUCGCAGCUACAAGAAUUCAGUUAUUAUGUUAUAAUAUUAGCUUCAAGUGAUUGGAGUGGCAUGAAUCUUGUCUCAUUCCUUACUAGUGCCUUCUCUUGCACAUUGAGAUGGUAACAAUAAGUCUGUCAUUUAUUCUCUAGAUUUUUCCAUAUCAAGAAUUUGUAGAAUCGGUGUGGUAUUAUGUAGGAUAAGUCUCAUCAGAACAAACAUUGACCAGAUUGGAUGGCCUUCAGAAGCACUAUGUGAUGUUAAUUCAGGAUUGGGAUUUGUCCCUUGCCCUUGUGUGAGGACUUGAGUCCACAAUAUGGAAUUAAGUCAGGCCACAUCUUCAUUGAAUUAAUUAAAAAUGCAGUGACAACAGAAAGUUUAAUCCAAAAUAAAGUGUGGGCUGCUAACAAAUUGGAGACUAUGAAUUAAUAACUCAAUGGUUUACAAAGCACUUGGACUGGUUUUAUCUUUGUAGCAAGAAGUGCAGUUUCGUUAGUAUACCAUCAGAUAUUGUUUGGUAUGAGAAGGAUGUUCCUGCUACUUCCUUAGAAAUUACUCUCGACAUGAUAGAAAAGAUAGUUUCCUUUCUGAAUUUUUUUUUAAACAUUUGCUUCAGAGACUAGUGUGUUGUCAAGUCCCACUCUCCAAUUUGUAAAGGGGUUUAAACUUUUCAUGUUUGGUGCAACCUUAGAUGAUGCAAUAAGGAUGUGGCCUGAUUUAAUUCUAUGGGUCUUCAUGCCAAGCUUUGCAGAAACUAGGAAGAUGCAAUGAGCAUACCAAGUAAGGGCCUUAUGUAGACCCCUAGCCAAGCUACAUGAGAUAGCCUUGUAAUAGCUGUCCCUUUUUGAGAUAUUUCCUCAUCUCAUGAAUGGGGCACAACAGCUCCUAGCAUAAUAUUGAGAGCAAUCUUAUAUGUAUUGACACAUAAAAAUUAUGAUGACAAAAUCUUACUCAGUCUAUUUUUGUCAUAUAAAUACAGAUUUUGAUGCCUCAUUUAUACAUUUUUAACCUAAGUCAUUCAAUCAAGCAUAAGAUUUCAGCACUGGAUUACAAGUAGGUGCAAUGCAAGGCAGAAAUACCUCUUUCCCUUUGAAAAAUUAAACACUUAAGUUUUUUAUUGUAUUUGUGAAAGAUCACAUUUUAAUGUAUAAUUAUCAUUAUAUUCAAGUGUUAGCACCUCAGUUGUAUAUGGCUUUAUAUCACUAACAGGAUGGAUUCUUACACAACACACAUAUUGUUUUACCUUGCAAAUGUGUGUGUGCAUGUACAUGCAUACAUCCACACAUGCACACGCAGAACCAAGUUGCAACCAGGGCUAGAUAUUUGUAUUUUUAAAGCUUAAAGUAUGCCGUCCGGUGCUGACAAGUAUGUAGCACCCCCUUGGAUUUCUUGCACAACUACGUUUAGCUUUUGUAAGCUUAACAUGUAAAUUUUAAAGACAUAAAUAAAUAUAGAGAGAUCUAUGUGUUUGAAAUAUAAGUGAGAUAUAUAUAAAUAAUUACAUACAUAAAUAUAUGGAUUAGCAUGUAGACUGUAUAUUAUUGAACAUGCAAUGAAAUGACUGAUAAGUGAAGUUUAAUCUUAUGGCUAGCAAUGUAAUUUAUUCAGACUGUAUUUUUGUACAGAACAGUGCACACUAACCUAUUGCCUCUGUGUCCUCUAUAAUGCCUAAAACUGUGCCUAGAGAUUUCAUUUCUGUCUCUUGACAAUGAGUAAUGAAGGGUUUUCCAUGCUGCUGUUGAUGGGAUUGGUUUCUUUUCUGUUUUUUAAUUUUCCCUAAAUAUAUGCUACAUUUUAUUACAUGAUUCAUCAAACUGUUGUUCACCUUAGUCAUGGUAAGUGAUGUAAAUGUACUCUUUUUUAAGAAAAAAGCAGCAAAAUUAGUGGAGUGUUUUCCCUCUUCAGUUCACAGUUUCAUUAUCAUUACACAACUUUCAUAGCUGACAUAAAGUUGUAUGUUGAAAAAAAUUAAUAAAAAUAAUAAUUAAAAAUCC